GCACUUAAAUUUAAUAACAAAAAUGGGAUCGCUAAGGUCAGAGAGCAACAUGAAGUGUUUAAUAUCUCUGAGAUUAUCACGAUUAUUUGUCACCUAUAAGUAGAGAAUUUUCCAGUUCAGUUUAAACAUUGCCAACAAUGAUGUUCAAGUCUUUAUUUUUUGUAAUCACUUUGGUGGUAACACAGAGCCUUGCAGCCGACCAUAACACUUUCAAAGAUUGUAGCCGAGUUGAUUUUUGCACUAAUUUACGAACAAGACAACCAUCAAAUGACUAUUCGGUAGAUCCUGACACCAUCACCACUAAUGCAAACACGCUCAGUGCUACUCUUAGACCUAACAGUGGUGGUACCGACCUGGUACUCACCCUUACAGGCCUCCAGGAAGACACUUUCCGGGUAAAAAUAAAGGAAGUUGAUUCAGGACGGUACGAGCUGGUUGAUGUUCUCGAUGGAGAACCAAAACCAACCGAUUUCAACGGUGUGGCACGCGAUGAUACGUCCAUAACAGUCUCAACAAACUCAAAUUCGAACUCAGCCCGUGUCACAUUCUCGCCAUUUAGUAUCGAGUUCAGUAAAGACGGGCUUUUGGAGGUGGUUUUCGAUGGCGAUAAACUAACUUUACUUGAGACGGAAGUUAACGCCCCGUUCAGUUUCGGCGUAAAAUUCCCACAAGCCGUCCAACUUUACGGCAUUCACGAACACUGCGAAACCCUAGCUUUGAAAAACACAGCACCAGGUGGUACCGACCCGUACCGUCUCAAAAACUCAGACGUUGGUGGGUUUGAAAUUGAGUCACCCAUGGCUCUUUAUGGCUCAAUCCCGGUGUUAUACGGACAUGGCCCUAAAGCCACUUCUGGAGUGUUCCUCCAUAACGCGGCCCAACAAUGGGUGGAAACCACGAGUUCAAGUGCCGGUACCACCCAGGCCUACUUUAUGACAGAAGCUGGGUGCCUCGACUUGUUCGUUUUGCUGGGUCCUACACCCACACAAGUCGUACGACAGUACACCCAGCUGACUGGUACCGCCCAUCUGCCCCAGAUCUGGGUGCUAGGGUACCACCAGUCGCGGUACAGUUACGACACCCAGGAACUGGUCAAAGACGUGGCUGCGAACUUUGACAGUCACAAUUUCCAGUUGGAUGCAAUUUGGCUGGACAUUGACUACACCGACGGGUUCAAGUACUUCACUUGGAACCCUGACACGUUCAGCGAUCCGGUGGAAAUGCAAAACGUGCUCAAUGGUACUAACAAGAAGCUAGUGACCAUUAUUGACCCCCAUAUUAAAGUUGAGGAGGGCUAUAAUGUGUACGAUGGGGCUUUGGCCAAGGAUUUGUUCGUGAAAAAUGCAGAUGGGUCGGUUUUUCAAGGCUCGUGUUGGCCGGGACUUAGCAGUUAUAUGGAUUUUUUGAACCCGGAAGCUAGGGAUUUUUAUGGGAGUAUGUACUCGUAUGAGAAUUUUCAAAGUACGACUGCUACUCUCGCCGGGAUUUGGAACGACAUGAAUGAACCCUCAGUGUUUGACAAUAGCUUGGAAAUGACUCUGCCGGCAGACGCCAUCCACCAUGGCAAUGUCAAGCACCAGGAAAUCCACAACAUUUAUGGAUUCCUCCAUACAAUGUCAACCCACAAAGGCCUCCUGGAGCGUGACAAUGCCACCAAACGUCCCUUCAUCCUAACUCGCUCCCACUUUGCCGGUUCCCAACGAUUUGCCGCCAUCUGGACCGGUGAUAACACCGCAGAUUGGCCUUAUCUCUUAGCCGAAGUCCAGGAAUGUCUAAACUCAAAUAUUCUGGGAAUCGUCCUCUGUGGCUCAGACGUUGGCGGUUUUUUCAACAACCCUUCAAACGAACUUUACGAAAGGUGGUACCAACUUGGUGCUUGGCUCCCUUUCUUCCGAGCUCAUUCGACUAAAGACGCCGAACGGCGGGAGCCCUAUCUCAAGCCUGAGGACACUCAAGGUGUGGUCAGGACGGCCCUCCAGACCAGAUACAAGCAUUUGCCAGUGUGGUACACUUUGGCGUUUGAACAUACGAUAACAGGGGACCCAAUUGUUCGGCCACUUUUCUACCAAUAUCCAGAAGAUGUCAGUGUUUAUAAAAUCGAUGACCAACUUCUUCUGGGACGCGAUAUCCUGGUGAGGGCUGUGGCAGAAGCGGGGGUUGAAUCUGUUGAUGUUUAUUUUCCUGGUGGUGGAAACGAAGUUUGGGUUUCCGAAACCAGUGAUGAUGUACAGGCUGGCAAUGGGAAAGUUGCGAUUCCAGUGACCAGAGAAAAUAUUCCUGUUUAUUACAGAAGGGGAGGAAUCGUUGUGAGGAAAGAUACAGUUAGGUCAAAUACUGCAGAAAUGGCGAGUGAUUCUUUUACAAUCUAUUAUACAGUCGAUGAGAAUAACACAGCACAUGGGACUCUCUAUAUUGACGAUGGUGUCAGUUUCAAAUAUCGGGAUGAAAAUGAUUACACGUAUGUUAAUAUUGAAGUUUCAGGAGACAAUGUUACAAUUUCAAACAUUCAAGGUGACGGCAAUUAUCCCGUAAUUAUUGAAAAAAUUGUGCGUCGAGAUAUCGUUCAAAUGCCUGAAGGAAGUCAGUCUGGACGAUACAAAGAAAUUGUCCACACUACAGACGCUUCUGGACAGUUAUUAAAAAAUGUUAAGAUUGAUCCGAAAAAUAAAACUGUAUUGAGACUUAAAUAAAAUGAUUUUUCCAUGA